AUGUCCGACGCAGACACCCUCCAGAACGCCGCUUCGGCACAACCCGCAGACGUCCCAGAGCAGCAGCAGGACUCCGCAGACCUCUUUGGCGGCUUGAAGAAGAAGAAGAAGGACAAGAAGAAGCUUGAUCUCGACCUUGACCUCGACGAGAACGACGCCGACAACAAGGAUGCAAACGCAGAUGCCGACGCUCCCGCAGACGACGACGAGCUCAACUUCGGUGAGCUCAAGAAGAAGAAAAAGUCAAAGAAGAAGGUCGCCCUCGACCUCGACGCUUUCGAAAAGGAGAUUGGCGAGGCAGACGACAAUGCAGACGACGCAGACGCCCCCACCAACGACGCAUACGCAGACGUAGACGACGAACAGCUCGGCGACAACCCCUUCGCACAGGACGCAGCAGACGACGCAGACGCUCCCGCCAAGGACUCCUCCAUCGAGGCAUGGCAGGGCACAGAUCGCGACUACACCUACCAAGAACUCCUCGGCCGCGUAUUCAACACCCUCCGCGCACAGAACCCCGCCCUCUCCGGAGACAAGAAGAAAUUCACCAUGGUCCCGCCCCAGGUCGCACGCGACGGCUCCAAAAAGACCGUCUUUGCCAACGUCGUCGACAUCUGCAAGCGCAUGCACCGUCAACCAGAGCACGUCAUCCAGUUCCUCUUCGCCGAGUUGGGCACCAUCGGCUCCGUCGACGGCGCACAGCGUCUCGUCAUCCGCGGCCGCUUCCAGCCAAAGCAGAUCGAAAACGUCCUCCGCAGAUACAUCACCGAAUACGUCAUCUGCAAGACCUGCAAGCGUCCAGAGACAAAGCUCACAAAGGAGAACCGCAUCUUCUUUGUCACCUGCGAAAAGUGCGGCUCCCAGCGCUCCGUAUCCGCCAUCAAGAGCGGUUUCCAGGCACAGACCGGAAAGCGCUCCAAGAUCAGGGCCGCCGCAGGUGCUUAA